AGUCGAAGACACAUAUAUACUCCCCUUCACGGCUUCACCAACCCAAAACGGCAAAACCUUCCACGUGCGCUCAUUUACUUCCAUUGCCAUCCGUGUGAGCACGCAUAAAAUCCGAUACGCAGUCCAUCCCGCACGUACCGUUUCGGGUCUUCCAAUUUCGGGAUUCAGUUUCGGACAGUUUGAGUAUGAACUGUUGUAAACAUCGAACUUUACUCUCUGUCUCCCUACCUUGUGCGAAAGAAUCUGUCAAUCUGCCAUGGGUGAGAGCACGAGCUUUGAAGUUCCGCCAUUAGAAAGUCAAGAACGACGUGAUGAGGAACCGCUUGAGGAAUUGGAGGAAUUCCACGUAGAAGAUGAUGACGAAGAAGAAGAAGAAGAAGAAGAGAAGAGUCAACUCAGUGAGUCGCAGCAACUCGGUGAGUUGCCGAGUACUGAAGCGGAAGUGAGAGAGCCUCAAUCGGAAAACCUAGAACCGCCUUCUACAGUUGCUUCUUUCUCGGAGAACGGUCGGGUGUGCUGUCCAGUGUUUUUCUGGUGGACUUUUUCUUUGUUUUAUAGUCUGCGGGUGAAUUCUGCCCCAAAAUUCCACGAGAGAUCGGAGUUGAAGAUUAGUGACAAGCAAGUUGAAGUGACUCACCAGGACGGUAUGGGAAGUGUUAUGGCUCAGUGUUCUGAACCUCAAACACAAAGUCAGCUUGAGUCAUCUGCUUGUCCUGCUCCCUUAUCAAAACUGUCGCCGACUGCUGUUACGCAAUGCAUAUCUUCUGCUCAAAGUCCAACAUUUGUAGAACAAAGACUGUCAACGCCAAAGGUCGAUAGCUUUUGCACACCCAAAGCAAUUAAACCGAAGUCUUCAGACAUUAAAACUCUGUCUGUUGUUCCGGUUCUGAAAACUUCAGUUUUGGAUGGUUACAGCUGGCGAAAAUAUGGUCAAAAACAAGUUAACAGUCCCAAAGGCUCUCGAAGCUAUUACAAGUGUACUCAUUCUGACUGCAGCGUUAAGAAGAUUGAACGCUCUGAUCACGUGGGCCAUGUAAUAGAGAUUGUUAAUAAAGGAAUGCAUACUCAUGAUCCUCCAAAGAAGAGUAACAGCAUCAGAGAAAACAGGCUUGCAGUAUCUCCUACACCGGCUUUGGCAAGUAAUGUCAAGGAGCAUCCUAUUGGAAUGCCUCCUGAUUCAGAUGCAUCCGCUUCUUUGAGACAGCCUAUAGAGCAAACAAGUACCAUGCCUGAAAGAAAACGACAGACCUCAAGUGACUCCAAGGGGAACGGUGAAAGUCAAGUGAAGGAGGAGCAGGUUAAUGAGCCAGAGGCAAAACGGAGAUUGAAGAAAGACAAUUUGGUGUGUUCAGAUUCUCUACUAAAACCUGGAAAAAAACAAAAGUUUGUUGUGCAUGCAGCGGGUGAUGUGGGCAUCUCAGGUGAUGGAUACAGAUGGCGCAAGUAUGGACAGAAAAUGGUGAAAGGAAAUCCGCAUCCCAGGAACUACUACAGAUGCACUUCCGCUGGAUGUCCUGUCCGUAAGCACAUUGAAACCUCCGUAGAUAACACAAAUGCUGUUAUUAUUACAUAUAAAGGAGUACAUGACCAUGACACGCCCGUACCAAAGAAACGACAUGGCCCACCAAGUGAUCCUCUUGUUGCUGCUGCUGCUCCUGCUGCUAUGAACAAUGUGCGAUUGAAGAAAAGUGAAUCCUUCCAAAACCAAAAAACUUCAACCCAGUGGUCUGUAGGCAUUGAAGGUGAAUUAACUGGUGAGGCAUUGGACGUUGGGGGUGAGAAAGCAAUGGAAUCAGCUCGAACUCUUUUGAGCAUUGGAUUUGAAAUCAAGCCUUGUUGAGCCCUCAUCGGUGUUCUCGAGUGUACCAGGAACAGUAUUAAUGACCCCUUGUUAAUAUGGAUGAUGAUCUCCUUGAUAAGUGGCUAAGUUGUGAGGUUUAACAAUUUCCUUGACCACUUUUAAAGUUAUUUUUUCUUCUCUUCUUGCUUUAGUGCAUCGGUUCAAAGUUGUAUACUUGAUGUUGUUCAGCCUAGUCUUAUCUAACGGUCCGAGAUCUAUGCCCACUCAA